CUUCUGGCCAGCAGGUGUCGCUCGGUGCUGGAACCUCCGGCUCUCGCUCCGUCAAUCAUUUCACUUGAGAGCGCGGUGAGGGCGAGAGACGAGGACGGGGACGGAGAGCACUUUGAUCAGGAGCUACGCCGAAGAAACGCAACAAGCACAACGCAAGUGACAGGGAAACGGCAGCGUCCAGCGAGCGGCAGCGUCUUUCCAGCGGAAUAGCGUCACGCGCGGCGGCUCGUUUGAUUCAUAACAGUAACUGACGUUGGCUUCGUUAACUGAAGUUACUUCCAGUUCAGACGCGCUCGCAAGUGGAGGAAACGAGGCAGGAUGUACCAUGAAGACACCGCUUUACAGAGGCCCCGCUAUGGAACCAUCCAGGAUGAUGAGCGGCUGUCAGCUGAAGAGAUGGACGAGAGAAGACGACAGAACAUCGCUUACGAGUACCUUUGCCACCUGGAGGAGGCCAAACGAUGGAUGGAGGCCUGCCUAGAUGAGGACCUGCCUCCUACCACAGAACUGGAGCAGGGACUGAGGAAUGGUGUCUACCUUGGCAAACUUGCACAUUUUUUUGCACCCAAGAUGGUUUCAGAAAAAAAGCUCUAUGACAGAGACCAGUCCCGCUACAAGAGCAAAGGGCUACACUUCAGACACACUGACAACACAGUGCAGUGGCUCAGAGCUAUGGAGUCAGUGGGACUACCCAAGAUAUUCUAUCCUGAAACAACAGAUGUGUACGAUCGCAAAAACAUGCCCAAGGUGGUCUACUGCAUCCACGCACUGAGCUUGUACUUGUAUAAACUGGGCAUCGCACCACAGAUCCAGGACCUUUUGGGAAAAGUGGACUUUACAGAGGAAGAAAUCAGCAACAUGAGGAGUGAGCUAGAAAAAUAUGGAAUUCAGAUGCCAGCUUUCAGUAAGAUUGGAGGUAUCCUGGCCAAUGAGCUCUCAGUGGAUGAAGCUGCUUUACAUGCUGCUGUAAUUGCGAUCAAUGAAGCAGUUGACAGAGGUCAGGCAUCUGUAACCAUGGGAGCUCUGAAUAAUCCUAAUGCAAUGCUAAGAAACAUCCAGGAGGUUCUGUCCCAGGACUACCAGGACACAUUGUUCCAGGCCAAAGCCCGUAAGCAGGAUCAUUCCUCAGGGAGGCGCUCCUCCGUCGCCACUGAAGAAAGAGAUGUUUAUGAGGAACUUUUGACUCAGCUAGAGAUCCAGGGCUGCCUGGAUUCUGUUAACACUGAAGCAGCAGUUAGAAAGGUCGGUCAAGCGGUGUCGUCCCAGGAUGUUGAUGCUCUGCUGGCUGCACUUGGGCUUGAAGCUCUGGCUUUGCUGGGUGUUCAGGACUCAAACCGCCACUGGUACCUGGAACACUUUACCACUUACUGCCAGCAUAAAUCCAAGGAUGGAGGACAUGCCAUGUUUGUGGACAAGGAGGAGAUUCAGCGAGUUGUCAGCUCUUGCAAUGACUUCGCUGAAGCAGAAAAACGAAAACUUGAAGCAGUUACUGCGAUCAACACUGCCAUUCGCCUUGGUAACGCAGCGGACACAGCGGAGAAGCUGAUGAACCCUGAGGCACAACUGCCAAUUGUCUACCAAUCUGCUGCCAACCUCUAUCAGGCUGAGCUAUUCAGUUUGCAGCUACAAGGAGGGCGGUCUGGGCUGAGCCACGAGGAGCUGAGUGUAGCUGUGGAGAUGCUGUCGGCUGUAGCCGUGCUGAAUGAGGUGCUCGACACCAAAGACCCACAGGCUGUUAUUGAGCAACUAACAGACUCUCCUCUGGGUUUCACCAACAUGGACCAGGACAACCUCAACAGAUAUGCUGACACACUCAUCCAAGAGCGUGCUGAAGCACUUGCCAGGGGCCAAGAGUUUCUCAACUGGAAUGACGUUCAAAAGUGCAUAGACACAGUCAACAUUCAGGUCCAUGAAGAGCAUGAACGCAUUAUAGCCAUAGCUGAGAUUAACGAGGCACUGAACUCAGGUGAUCAUCGGCAGACGCUUGCAGCUUUGUGCUUGCCCACAGCCAAGCUGACAGGUGUGAACCCUACCACAGCCAAACACUACCAUGAUGUCUUACAACAUACCAAACAACUUCUCUGCCAGAGCUCUGGAGAUGAAUCUGCAGUACUGUGGCUGGACCAAAUCCAAGAGGCCAUUUUCACAGCCAACCAAGAUGAAGAGGAGGCUCUCAGUUUGGCUGGAGCAGUAGCUGAUAUUAACAAGAAGGUGGCAGAAAAGGACUCCCAGAAUACAUUGCAGGCUCUACAGGCUCCCUGUGCCGGACUGAGAGCGGUGCUGCCUGAAUGUGCUGACACGUACCAGGAAGAACUGGCACAGAGACAAGCAACCAGUGCAACUCAAGGAAACACAGAGAGUCUGUGGGUAAGACAUAGCAUCCAUGACAGAUAUGACUACUACUAUAACCUGGAGACCGGUCAGGGCACCUGGGAGAAACCUGGUGACUUUGAAGACAAUGAUGGUCAGCUCAGUAAAGAGGAAAUCCAGAGUGUUGUCAGCUGUGUGACUGCAGAAUAUAACCGGGAACAGCUGUGGCUGGCCAACGAGUCCUUCGUGACCCAGCUGCAGGCGAGGUUCAGGGGUUACCUAGUCAGGACAAAGUGUGCUCAGAGAAAGGAGUAUCUACACCAACAGGAACCACAUGUCAUUAAACUACAGGCUUCCUGGAAAGGCUACAAACAAAGAAAGAUGUACAAAGAAAGGAUGAAUUUACUUCAGAAAAAUGUUGCUACUGUUGUUAGGAUUCAGGCCAUGGUAAAAAUGUGGAAUGCCAAACGUAAAUACAAUCAGAGGUUACAGUACUUCAAAAACCAUGAAAAGGAGAUUGUGAAAAUACAGGCAUUUUUAAAAGCCAACAAAGCCCGAGAUGACUACAGAACCCUGACGGGUGCUAAGGACCCUCCUCUGUCAGUGGUGCGCAAGUUUGUUCACUUGCUGGAGCAGAGCCCCUUGGAUCUGCAGGAGGAGCAGGAAGUAACACGACUCAGGGAGGAAGUGGUCACCAAGAUUCGCUCCAAUCAACAGAUGGAGAAAGACUUGAACCUGAUGGAUAUAAAGAUUGGACUGCUGGUUAAGAACAGGAUCACUCUGCAGGACGUUGUGUUCCAUAACAAGAAAAUGAACAAGAAAAAUAAGUCCAGUAAAGAUGACCUGACAGCAGGAGACAGACUGGGCAUCAAAGGGCUAAGUAAAGGCAAAAGACGGAAACUGGAGGCCUACCAACAUCUAUUUUAUCUGUUACAGACCAACCCAUCCUACCUGGCUAAGCUGAUUUUCCAGAUGCCCCAAAACAAAUCUACAAAGUUUAUGGACACAGUGAUCUUCACCCUGUACAACUAUGCCUCUAACCAGAGAGAAGAAUACCUGCUGCUCAAACUCUUUAAGACUGCUCUGGAGGAGGAAAUCAACCUUAAGGUGGACCAGAUCCAAGACAUAGUAACUGGGAAUCCAACAGUCAUCAAGAUGGUGGUGAGCUUCAACAGAGGCGCACGAGGCCAUAACAGUCUAAGGCAGCUGCUGGCUCCAGUGGUCAAAGACAUCAUUGAGGACAAGAACUUGGGCAUCAACACCAACCCUGUGGACGUGUAUAAAGCGUGGGUCAACCAGCUGGAGACAGCUACUGGGGAGGUCAGCAAGCUGCCUUAUGAAGUUACUCCUGAGCAGGCCAUGGCACAUGAGGAAGUUCGCAACAGGCUGGACGCAUCUAGUCAGGCGCUACGGGCCGCAACAGAUAAGGUCCUGAACUCCAUUGUGUCCUCACUGGAUAAUAUCCCUUAUGGCAUGAGAUACAUAGCAAAGGUUCUGAAGAACAGCCUCCACGAGAAGUUUCCAGAUGCCUCUGAAGAUGAGCUCUUGAAGAUUGUAGGAAACCUGCUGUACUACCGCUACAUGAACCCGGCCAUCGUGGCUCCCGAUGGCUUUGACAUCAUUGACAUGUCGGCAGGAGGGCAGCUUCACGUAGACCAGCGCCGUAACCUGGGAUCCGUGGCAAAGAUGCUGCAGCACGCGGCUGCCAAUAAGCUGUUCGAGGGCGAGAAUGCACACAUGACCCCCAUGAACAACUACAUUUCCCAGACAUACCAGAAAUUCAAGCUGUUCUUCCAGUCUGCAUGUGAUGUACCUGAGCCUGAGGAGAGAUUUAAUAUUGAUGAGUAUUCCGACAUGGUCACCUUAAGCAAACCGGUCAUCUACAUUUCAAUAGAGGAGAUAAUUAACACGCAUUCGCUCCUCCUGGAACAUCUGGAGGCAAUCUCUCCUGAUCAUAAUGACUUACUGCAUGAGCUGCUACAGGACCUGGGAGACGUCCCUGACGUAGAGACGUUGCUUGGUACUGGUGAAGGAGCAGUGGACCCAAAUGAUCCAAACAAAGAGAGUGUCCUGGGCCAACUUGUGAAGACGGAGGUGUCUCUCACCCUAACCAGCAAGUUUGAGCUGCUGGAAGGAGACGACAAAGACUUAAAGACGCUCAUGACCAAGACCAAAAGGUUAAUUGUUGAUGUCAUUCGGAUUCAACCUGGAGAGAGUUUGCCUGAAAUUCUUGAGACCCCGGCCACUUCACCUCAGGAACUUGAGCAUGCGAAGGUCGCAGAGCGCCGAGCCGUCCAGGAUGCUCAGACACCCGAGGGUCUGAAGAGCAGCCCAGCAGUGCUGGAGGACAGUCAGCUGCCUCUGGAGCAGAAGAAGAGGAAGAUCUCGAGGAACCUCCGGAACAUGGAGCAAGCUGGCCUCAUCACCGCUACUAACAAAUACCAGGACGUCAUCAAUGACAUAUCUAAGGACAUUCGCCACCAAAGACGCUACAGACAGAGGAGGAAGGCUGAGCUGGUGAAGCUCCAGCAGACCCUGAUAGCACUCAACUCAAAAACUGCCUUCUACCAGGACCAGAUGAACUAUUAUGAUACCUACAUCAAGACCUGCCUGGAUAAUCUCAACAGGAAGAAUUCACGCAAAUCUAUAAAACUGGACAGCAAAGGAGACGCAAAAGGCAGCAAGAAGUGGAAACCACAGUCUCUGAAGUACACUGCAGCAAAGCUGCAUGAAAAGGGAGUUAUCCUGGAGAUAGAGGGGCUUCAGACAAACCAGUUCAAGAAUGUCAUGUUUGACAUUUCACCCACUGAGGAAGUUGGGGAUUUUGAGGUAAAGGCCAAGUUUAUGGGAGUUGAAAUGGAAAAAGUCCAGCUUCAUUUCCAGGACCUCCUCCAGCUGCAGUAUGAAGGCGUGGCUGUGAUGAAGAUGUUUGACAAAGCCAAAGUCAACGUGAAUUUGCUUAUUUUCCUCCUAAACAAAAAGUUCUAUGGAAAAUAAAGACGUGAAGUGGAAGGAGCACGUUGUGGCUUCUGACCGUCAGUUCAGUCUGAAAUCAUCAGAUGUUGCAGGACAAUGUUUUGUUUCAUCUGUCUCUAAUUUGACAGAUAUCACCAAAAUGAAUUACUACCUUUUGUAUUUCCUAAGUGAUGAUUGUAAAUGUACUGUAUUUUUAAGAAUUAAUUUGUAAUGGUAUUUUAAGAAAUGCAAUGUUAUUGUUACCUACUGUAGCAUGCAAAAAAACAGAUUUGGUCUGUGGAACAACAACAAAAACAGUAGCUCACCAGUGCCUUUAAAUUAAACUUUUAAAGAAACAUGUUUAAAUUAAUAAAAUGUUUAAUAAUUUUUAAAGCUACAAUUGAUAUUUAAUAUAUGUAUUGUUAGUACGCAGAUUAUUUGUAAUGGUCAAAUAAUGUGCAUAAUAAAUUACACACAUCCAG